CGUUACUUUGUUUGUCCUACAAAGUCGAUGAUUGGUUCUGUGUAGGUCAUUUAAUUGAUUGGUACGAAAGGCAUUAAACCUGCUACUCAAAGUUAUUUUCGCUCCAAUUACAUGCAGCUUUCUCCGUUUUCAAUCAACAAUUUCUUUGUAAUUUUGCGACAGAUAACAUCAACUUCAGCUCAUAACAACAGUAACGCGUUUACAAAUUUUAUUCACUCGAGAUAUCAUGAGGUCAAGUCCGCAAAACCGGAGCUAUCAAAUUAUGAUGUGAUCAGAAAGUUAGCACAGUUGUACAAAUCACUUCCAGUUGAAGAGGUAGAAAAGUUAAAAUUAGAAGCGAAAGAACAUCAAUCUCAUGUCAAAAAAGCGACCAAGUUUGCUUAUCGUAAUGGAAUGCCAAAAAGUCCACCAAACUCUGGACUCAAAGUUUUUAUGAGAGAAAAACUAAAGGAUUCUAAGGGUACACCAGUGUCUCAAAUGCGAAAUGACUUUAAAGAUACUGUAAAACAAUGGAUGUCGCUGCCUGAAUCUGAUCAACUGGAGUAUAAUAACAUUGCAAAAGAUCUAAAAAAUGAUUAUGAAACUAAACUUAAAGAAUGGGCUACAAAAAAUAAUAUUCAAUAUACAAAACGUAUAUCAAUACUGGCUGAUAGAUUCUAUAGAGCAUAUUACCCAAAAUAAAGAAUUCAUUAAUUAGUAAAUGAAGACAGAGAUGAAUGAGAUUACUGCAAAAGGUAAUACUUUUACUACUUCCACUAGUGUUGUUUUUUUUGUGGUUUUAAAUUCUGAAAAGCCGAUAAACCAACCAAUGGUAGUAAUCAGUUUUUGUGCGAAUUAUUAUUGUCAUUUAUAUAUCUGUUUAUUGAAUCUUUUAGUAAUGUGUAGCCUAUUUCUUGUUACUACUCAUCUAUUUCAAGAAUAUUUUUUCUCUCGUUUUUUUCUUCGCAUCGUUAGAUUGUUUUCUUUUUUUCUGUUUUUUUUUAAGCUACUAAAUGAUGUUAAAAAGUUUUCUGUAUUCAUCUGUCAUAAAUGUGUCAUCACUAAUUAUUGGUUUGCUCGUUAGUAGUAGUUGUGUUCGAAUACUAACUCAGUUUUGGGGGGAUUCGAUGUGAAUAGGCUUAUAUCGUUUAUUUGUUGUACGAGAUUUCUAGAUUAAGACUUGUAACAUUUACAGGUUAUAAUAUAGAGAGUAUAGAUGCCAAUUAUUUCAGAAUACAAUAGAUAGCUAAUUAUUCAUAUUAUUUAUUUAUUUAAACAUAUAA